AUGGGCCCCCUACCGCCAGUCCUGCAAGCUAGCCUUUCCUGUCGCACCAAGUUUGUCUUUCGCCGUCUACGUCACGUGGACGCGGAGCAGUCGACCGGAAUGACAAAGGUACUCAUGCCGAAGGUUUCCACGAAGCAGCAGACGCAACCGUUCUGCUCCCUAGUGGAGCGUCUCAUCGCGAGUGGGCAGUGCGUCGUCAUCGAGUGCGGUGAUGGUGUCUCUCGCGUAGAUGAUGGUGCCGCCGUGGUGGAGCUCUUCGUUUUGGAUUCAAAGGCGACGGAAGGGGAUGCCAUGCUGGAGGCAUUUGGUGAAUUCGCGAUAACAGAAGACUAUCUCGCCGGAGGCACUCGAAACAGUCUGAAGCGUGACAGAGUCGAGGAAGACGAGGAUCUCCCCUGCUACUUCCUCGCGCCACGACGCCGCACCUGUAGCGUUGGCGACCACAGCUCUGCGGAUGCUGAUUCGGUCUUAGUGUCUCCGUCGCGCUGGGGUGCGGUGGAGACGGAUGCAGAUGGAAGGAUGUGGCGGCUCCUGCAGGAAUACGAUGAGCUGUUGUGCGUGGAGGCCAUAGGUGAUGCUACGGCGGACCUGUACUGUUACCCAGAUCACCGUAAAGACGACGAGUUUGAUAGCAACGCCGAGGACUUUUCGGGUAACGACUACCCGGACGACGCCGAUGGCCGGAGUGGUGAGUCCGCGGAGAGGGCGGAGGAUGAGGCGUCCGACUCUUCCACCGGGCGCCGGGGAGGUCGCGUGGUAUCGCGCAGCACAUAUGGCAUGUUUUGUGAAGAGGGCUACACUGAGCGAAGUCUCAGCAGCGGGUGGAGCAGCGACGGUUGA